AUGAGAACAACCAACCAGAGCAAAGUAACUGGAUUUAUAAUAAUGAGAUUCCCAAAUCUUCAGGAACUGCAUACCUUCUUCUUCCUACUGCUGCGCAUCUACCUCUUCAUCUUCUUUGGAGAUACUGUAAUUUUCACAAUCAUUAAGCUAGAUGCUCAACUUCAUACUCUAAUGUACUUUUUCGUCUGCAUUUUAUCUUUUUUGGAAAUCUGCUAUAUAGCAACAACAGUCCUCAAAAUGCUUUCAAACUUAUGCAGUGGACAAAAAGGCACUUCCUUUACUGGAUGCCUUUUACAAAUGUACUUCUUCAAUUCUUUUCAAGCCACAAAAUGUUACCUGCUUACAGCAAUGUGCUAUGAUAGAUAUUUAGCAAUCUGAAAACCACUAGAUUGUCAUACCAUCAUGAGCACAAAAAUGCAUUUUCAGAUAAUUGCUGGAUGCUGGAUUUGUGGCUUCAUCUGUCCGGUUACUGUGGUAAUCUUGGUCUCCAAACUUCCUUUCUGUAGUCCCAAUAAAAUUCAACAUAUCUUUUGUGACUUCCCCCAGCUGUUGAAACAUGCCUGCACAGACACUAACACAAGCAUCCUGGUAGAUUUUGCAAUAAAUUCUGUCAUAAUAUUGGUGACAUUUCUCUUUAUCAUGCUGUCUUAUGCCAAGAUUUUAAAAAAUGUACUAAAAGCACAAAGCAAGGCCUUUUCCACUUGUGUGUCUCACUUGAUUGUAGUUCUGUUAUUUUUUGGUGGUAUUAUAUUUAUGUACAUACGACUCAACAAAAGUUAUUCCUUAGAUUACGACAGAGUAUUUGCUGUGAUUUAUUCUGUCGUGACUCUUCUGGUGAAUCUAAUCACUUAUAGUCUGAGGAACAAAAGAUAUUGA